GUUUCAGAUGUUGAAUUAUAGAGGAAGUAGGAGCUGAAAAGACUAAUGAACAGAGCUCGCUGAACACACAGAGCUAUACACCCUGUGAAGACAACCACUGCUAAGGUUCUGUAGGUCAGGAAUGAAGGUGAAGAUGUGGUUGGUUGCUCUCCUCCUGAUAUCUGUAACACAAAUGCAUGCAGAGGACUCCGCAUUGCAAGCUGUUCUGUCACAGAAUGGACUGCAAAAAGCAAGUGAAUUGGGGACUUCCUGGCUGCAGAAUCAUAUAGGUAGAACUACCCUCCCAGAAGUCAGAGGAAAAGUGGAUAUCGGAAUUGGCUCCGUGGAGUACGUCCUCCAUGACAUGUCCAUUCAGAGCUGUGUUUUGCCGGUACCAUCAGUUGCCUUUUCAAAAGGAACCGGCGUGUCUCUGCAAGUGAGCGGAAUCUCCAUCAGCGUCAGGGGUCUUUGGAAUUUACACUUUGGCAUCAUUAAUGAUGACGGUUGGUUUGAAUUGGAUGUGUAUGCGAUCAGUCUCAACACGGUGUUGCAGUUGGGCAGUGAGGAAGAGCACGUCUCUAUUUCCACCGUCGUAUGUUCUGCUGAUGUGGGAAGUGUGCACGUGAAUUUCCAUGGAGGUGCAAGUUUUAUCUACCAACCCUUUGUAGAUAUGUUCAGCAAUCGUAUCAGAAAUGAGAUUCGUGCAAAGAUUUGCCCAGCAUUUCAACAAGGGAUUGGAGGUCUAGAGAGCCAUCUAGCUGCAAUGCCUGUUGCCGUCAAGAUGGGUUCGUAUGUAUAUAUGAACGUUUCUUUGACAGAAUCACCUCUGAUAAAAAGCACUGGACUUGAACUGAAUGUAAAGGGUGAGUUUUAUAGCAUCACCUCACCCUCAGAACCACCAUUUUUCCCCAAAUAUUUUGAGGUGCCAUGGCGAGAGGAUUACAUGGUGUCGCUGGGUGCAUCAGAGUUUUGUGUGAACUCAGCAGCAUAUGCCUUUCUGAGUGCUGGAGUGUUGCAAAUACUUAUCACAGAUGACAUGAUCCCCAAGGCCUCUCCCAUUCAUCUGAACACAAGCCAGUUUGGAAUCCUGAUUCCUCAGCUCCCCAAGAAGUAUCCAAACAUGCCAAUGCAAGUGCAGCUGUAUGCCAGUGAGACUCCACUGUUUUCCUUUAACAAAACAGUAAUAAAUGUCCACUUGUUAGCUUCAGCCAAAGCCUUUGCCAUAGGGCCAGAUUCUGCUGCAAUACCUCUCUUCAGACUAGAUGUGGAAAGCUCAAUCAGUGCCAAAGCCUACACUGACAAACAGCUGCUGAAGGGAGUUUUGGAAAUGAAAAAUUUCACUAUGACACUUGGAUCAACUGAGAUUGGUGAUUUCCCAAUUGGUCCAAUUGAGGGAAUGAUGAAGUUUGCAGUGACAACACUGGUACUUCCAAAGGUGAAUGCCCUACUGAAGGAUGGCAUUAUGGUGCCCUUUGUGACGGGUUACAACAUCAGUAAUUCAGUAAUGACCAUUGAAAAUGGUUUUGUGGCAAUUGCAGCUGACAUUAGCGUCCCCUAGGAUAGCUGGCAAUGAGGACAUCCUCUGGCUUCUAAACAUAUUUACUGUCAAGUAAAUUUAGUUUAGUACCCUAAAUAUGGGUGUCUACUGUAGCACUGAUCAAUGAAGUUAGCAUAGCUCAUAAGCUCCUGUGAUUAUGAACUGCAUUAAAUGCAUAAUGUUUUACCUACCUGACUUAUACAAUAGCCAGUUAAGUUACUGGAGUUUUUGUUUGUUUGUUUAAAAUGCAGUGUUUUUUACAUAAGAAAAAAUGGACAAAGCUACUUAAUGGUUUUGACAAUAAUAUAUUUUUAAAUUCUAAUUACAAAACAGUUUUCAUAAGAACCUGUGUACUCUUGCAUACAUUCUGACUGUCAUAAUGGACCUGUUUUAAAGAAGUCUGACUGUGGAUUACCAAUCAAGACACUGAAUGACAAAAAUAAAAAUUACA